CACGCCGUGCCCGCCUCUCCCUCCCCUGCCCGCCUUUCCCUCCCCUGCCCGCCUUUCCUACCGUGCUCGCCCUUCCCUCCCGGUGCCGCUAUCCGCACCGUGCCCCUGUUUCCCCUUAGUACCGCUACCCUCCCUGUUCCCGCCCUUCGCCCUGGUUCCGCCAUGCUGGGCUCAACCUGCGGGUCCCUGCUCGACUACAAGACCGCCAAGUUCUCGCUGACACGGAACCGGCGGGUGGGGCUGCUGCACCGCCUGCUGCAGCUGAGCGCGCUCGGCUACCUGCUGGGGUGGGUGCUGCUGCUGCGGAAGGGGUACCAGGAGCGGGACGUGGCCCCGCGUGUCGCCGUGGUCACCAAGGUGAAGGGGGCGGUGGCCGCCGAGGCCGCGGGCCGACGGCUCUGGGACGCUGCGGAUCUCACCUGGCCCCCGCAGGGAGAAAAUGUGCUUUUCCUGGUGACCAAUUUCAUUGCCACAAUCCAGCAAGCCCAAGGCACCUGCCCUGAGAGCCCCUCUGUCCUCGACGGGAUGUGCACAGAAGAUGCAGAUUGUCCCAUGGGAAACCCUGUGGUUCAUGGCAACGGGAUAAAAACUGGGAAAUGUUUGAUGUUCAAUGCCACCCACUCCACCUGUGAGAUCUAUGGUUGGUGCCCUGUGGAGAAUGGUACCCUGCACAGGAAAUCUCUUCUGGCUGAGGUGGAGAAUUUCACUCUUUUUAUAAAAAAUACUGUCCACUUCACCAAAUUUAACUUCUCCAAGUGCAACACUUUAAAAACCACUGACCCCAGCUAUUUCAAGAGCUGCACAUAUGAUCCAGUGUUCAACCCCUCCUGUCCUGUGUUCCGUGUCCGUGACAUGGUGGAGGCAGCUGGAGAGAACUUUGGAGACCUCGCACUCCUGGGGGGAAGCAUUAGAGUUCUUAUUGAGUGGAACUGCGACCUGGACCACUCCACUUCCCAGUGCCAGCCACGGUAUUCCUUCAGCCUGCAGGACAGGAAGUACAAUUUCAGAACUGCCUCCUACUACUGGGGCUCGCAGCGGCAGCUCUACAGGAACCUGCUGAAGCUCUAUGGGAUCCGCUUCGACCUCUCCGUGCACGGCCAGGCUGGGAAGUUCAGCAUUGUUCCUACUGCUGUGAGCUUUGGCACCAGCAUCGCCUUCUUUGGUGCCGCUACGAUGAUCUGUGACCUGGUUCUGCUCUACCUGGAUGAAAAGGCUGACCUUUAUUGGAAGGGGAAGUUUGAGGAGCACAGCUUUGAACAUCUGACACCAUGAGCUGCAGCAAGAGAGAGAAAGACUCUGGGCAGAUUUAACACUUUCCUGGUAAAAUGAAGCUUCCAAGGUCUAACCAUUCCCUGAGAGAGAAAAGAAAGGGACAGAGUGAACAUAAAGAGGAAACAGCAUGAAGUCAGUGGAGCGAGAGUGAAAGGACUAUUGGGACAAGUCAUUCCAUUUUAGGCUGGACUUCUUAUUGAGCCAUGGAAAUGAACUCUAUAUUUAGAUUAUCCCUUUAAAUCAUGGGAAAGAUAUGCAUUUGGGGAGAUGAUUGUUAAGAUUUGUCUGUGGAUUUGGGCAAAGGUGUUUGUGAUGGACUAAGUGAUAUUAAUCCCAUGAGAUGCUUCAACAGAGAUAGAGAUGAGAAGCCCUCUGCACCAGUGAAGAAGUGAGAAGAUAUCUCUGUUCCUUGAGAUGAAGAAUCCUUUGCCUUUGGUGUUAUUCAUCUUUAAAAGGUGACACCACAGUAUGCAAGAGUCUAAGACCCAUGACCCAUAAGCAGCUUGGGAAACUGCUAAUGAGAGGGGUCACAAAAGCAGGUUUCCCUGGGUGGCUGUUUCUGUGACAGUUAAAAGCUGCUAGAGAACUGUUUUAGGUUGUCAGUGGGAUCCAUGACUCUUAGAGAGACUCCUCUCCUAAAGAAUUGGUGAAAGACUAUUUUCAAAUGCUGAAACUGACUGAAAAUCACAGGUUUUGUCUCUUUAUGUUGUUUUGUAGGAAAGUGAACAGUUUGUAGGGGGAGAGAAGAGUGGUUUUGGAGUUUCAUUCUGUUUUGUUUUAGUUUUUUUCCAACUUUAUUUUCCAUUCUUUUAGUGUGUGUUAAUAAAACCAUUCAUUAUAAGGAGUGAAAAGAAGAGCAAUGUGGCAAAAAUGCCCUCUAAAAAAAAUAAGAAUACUUCUAAUUUGGAGCUUUUGUUAAAGAAAAUACGUUCAAGGUCCUGGUGCCACCCCUGGAAGUG